AUGCCAAAACAGUUUGAGGAGAUGCAGAGAGAUCUAUGGAUUUCCAUUCUGCUCAUAUGGAUUAUGUGCGUACCUUACAUCUCCAUGGCUCCUUUCACUACUCAGUCUCAAAGUUUACAAAUGGGGUCACCGGGGGUCCUGCACGGGCCAACAGAAGGACAAAGAAUCCUGAGUCGUGCCAAGAGGGGAUGGGUUUGGAAUCAAAUGUUUGUAUUGGAGGAGUUUUCUGGGCCCGAUCCAAUUCUCGUUGGCAGGCUUCACACAGAUUUGGACGUGCGGAACAAAAACAUCAAGUAUGUACUAGCAGGGGAAGGAGCUGGGACUAUCUUUGCAAUCAAUGAGAAGACUGGAGAUAUUCACGCCAUGAAGAGGCUUGACCGAGAAGAGAAGGCUGAGUAUACACUCACUGCACAGGUCAUCAACAGGGACACCAAUGAGCCUCUGGAACAGCCAUCUGAAUUCAUCAUCAAAGUGCAAGACAUCAAUGACAACCCGCCACAGUUCAUAGAGGGUCCUUACCAGGCCUCUGUCCCAGAGAUGUCCCAAGUGGGUACAUCAGUCACAAGAGUAACAGCGACUGAUGCUGAUGACCCGGUAUAUGGAAACAGUGCCAAGUUAGUCUACAGCAUUUUGGAUGGGAUGCCUUACUUUUCCAUUGAUCCAAACAGUGCAAUCAUCAAAGUUGCUCUGCAGGGGAUGGAUCGGGAGAUGAGAGAGGAGUACCUGGUUGUCAUUCAGGCAAAGGACAUGGGAGGUCAUAUGGGGGGGCUAUCAGGAACAACCACUGUCACUGUCACGUUAACAGACAUCAAUGAUAAUCCACCAAAGUUUACCAGAGGUUUGUAUGAGUUUGUUAUCCCUGAGAAUCUUCCCAUUGGAAAACCAGGAGGGAAAGUGGAAGCAAAUGACAGAGACAUCGGAGAAAAUGCCAGAUCUACUUACAGCAUCAUAGCUGGCAAUGACAAGGAUGUUUUUGAGAUAAUCACUGAUCCUCAGACCCAGGAAGGAAUUCUCAGACUAAAGAAGCCCCUGGACUUUGAGAGCAGAAAAUCCUAUAAUCUGACUGUGGAGGCAGCCAAUGUCCGCUUUGAUCCUAGCUCCGGUGGACCCUACAAAGACACAGCCACCGUUAGGGUUGUGGUAGAAGAUUCAGAUGAGCCGCCUGUUUUCUCAAAAUCCACGUACAUGCUCGAGGUGGACGAGAACGCCCCAAUCAACACAGUCAUAGGGACAGUGACUGCACGUGACCCAGACAGCACACGCAGCGCAGUCAGGUACUUUAUUGAUCGGCACACAGAUCUGGAGAGGCAGUUCAAUAUUAAUGUUGAUGAUGGCAAGAUCACACUGGCCAAACCACUGGACAGAGAGACUGAUAUGUGGCAUAAUAUCACAGUUACAGCCGCAGAAGUCCAAAACCACAGCCAGAUAUCUCGAGCGAUUGUGGCCAUCAGGGUGCUGGACAUAAAUGACAAUGCCCCAGAGUUUGCCACCGAGUAUGAGGCUUUCCUCUGUGAGAAUGGCAGACCUGGCCAGGUGAUCCAGACCAUCAGUGCUGUUGAUAAAGACAACCCAAUUCAGGGACAUGCCUUCCACUAUCGUCUGGUUCCAGAAAUGCUGAACAACCCUAACUUUACUAUACAAGACAAUAAAGACAACUCAAUCAGUGUUGUAGCAAAACAUGAUUCAUUUCGCCGCCAGAAGCAAGAGAUGUACUACUUGCCUAUCAUUGUGACUGAUGACGGAGAUCCUCCGAUGAGCAGCACCAACACGUUAACCAUCCGUGUGUGUGGGUGCAGCAGGGAGGGAAUUGUGCAGUCAUGCAAUGUUGAAGCCUAUGUGUUGCCUAUUGGACUAAGCAUGGGAGCCUUGAUUGCAAUAUUGGCCUGCAUAAUACUAUUACUGGUCAUUGUGGUCUUAUUUGUGACACUACGGAGACACAAGAACGAACCGCUGAUUAUCAAAGAUGAUGAAGAUGUCAGGGAGAACAUCAUCCGCUACGAUGAUGAGGGAGGUGGUGAGGAGGACACGGAGGCCUUCGAUAUUGCUACGUUACAGAACCCCGACGGCAUCAAUGGCUAUCUACCCCGCAAGGACAUCAAGCCUGACCUUCAGUUCAUGCCAAGGCAGGGUCAGCACUCUGGCCCCAAUGGCGUGGAUGUGGACGAGUUCAUCAACGUACGACUUCACGAGGCAGACAAUGAUCCCACUGCACCACCUUAUGACUCCAUCCAGAUCUACGGCUACGAGGGCCGGGGCUCCGUUGCCGGCUCCUUGAGUUCCUUGGAGACAGCCUCCUCAGACUCGGACCAGAACUAUGACUACCUCAGAGAGUGGGGACCACGUUUCAGAAGACUGGGGGAGCUGUAUGCAGUGGGUGAAAGUGAUAAAGAGACUUGA